AGAAAUUCAAAACUCAAAAGAACACAACACAGCCGUUGCUCAAAAUUGCAUAUAUUCUCUCAUUAAUUACAUCUCUGCCCCCAAUCCUUUAUAUUCCCUUUCGCCCCCAUUCUCCUUCAGAGUUCAGAUUCAUCUUUUCUUCUCUAUUGCUCAGUUUUUUUUUUAAAGAGGAUGGCUCGGAUCGAAUACUCUGACAAGUACUUCGAUGAUACUUACGAGUACAGGCACGUCGUACUUCCUCCAGAGGUUGCUAAGCUUCUCCCUAAGAAUCGUAUCCUCGCCGAAAGUGAAUGGAGAGCAAUAGGAGUGCAGCAAAGCCGAGGAUGGGUCCAUUACGCUAUUCAUCGCCCUGAGCCACACAUCAUGCUCUUCCGGAGGACUCUCAACUACCAGCCUCCAAAUCCCAUUCCUAAGUAGAUUUUAUUUGGUUUAUAUGUCUCGCUCGCGUAAACACACACUCUCUGUUUCAUCUCUUUUUAUUUUAUUUGUGUUCUUGAAUUCUCUCUUCGGUGGAGAAUUGUUUUUUGAGUUGUAGACGAACCACUUUAUCAUGUUUGGCAUCUUCAACUUCUACAUGUGUUUAAUCAGACUAUCUUAUUCAUUAA